UCGUGUUUUUACCGGAAACAACAUGGUUGUUUUGGUAAUGGUUUGUAGUCAUCUGUCAGGAGGCGAAGCAAAACUUUAACCAGCUGGUUUUAACUAACGCGGGAGUGAGGUCGCCUGGCGGGAAUACAUGUACUAUGCUUUCUCCGAGUCCAUGAAACGAACCGCGUCCCAGCUGAAAGUCAGACAUUGUGUUUAAUUUGGGUUUAACUCGCGGGUAGCUUAGCGGUUAGCUCGCCUGUUAGCUGCCGGGCCGGGUCAGGGUUCGGCAUGGACUGCGCGGCGCUCGAACUCGACGCUGUCAAAUUUGCCAAAACAGCCGUCACCUACGACCAGAACGGCAAACACAACGAGGCUGUGUUCUACUACAAGGAGGCAGCCCAGGCCCUGAUAUAUGCUGGUAUGGCCGGGUCCAAACUGGAGGGAAUCCAGGACAAAGUGAAUGAGUACUUGGACCGGGUUCAAGCCCUCCACAAUGCUGCCCAGGCACAGAAGAUCGAUCCGCUGAAGUCCCGGCAGCAGGUGGACCUGGAGCGCGCUCACUUCCUGGUCACCCAGGCCUUUGAAGAAGAUGAGAAGGGAAACGAUGAUGAAGCCAUUGAACUGUAUACUCAGGCUGUGGAGCUGUGCAUCAACACUUCCAAUGAGACAUCAGACCAGGCGCUCCAGACCAAGCUGAAGCAGCUAGCACGUCAGGCUUUAGAAAGGGCGGAGGGUCUUAAAGAUUCCCAGUCCAAAUCAGCUGCCGCUCAGACUCAGGACAGGACAGGUACUUCUGGAAACAAGCCCAGCAGUGCGGGCAGUUCUGGAGGACCGGUCCGCCAGUUUUUCCCUCUCGGGACAGACUUCUCCCUCCAUGACCGUCCACAACCCCAGCCGGUCCGAGCGGUCCAGUCCAGCGAACCUCAAGGUCAGCGCUACACGUCCGAGGAGAUCGAGGUGCUCAGGAGUACAUCUACAAUCAAUAGCAUCGCCUAUGUGCCCUUCAUGAGUGUGGAUCUGAGGGAGCGAUUUGCCUUUCCUGUCCCGUUCUCGGACAAAAUGGGGAAACUGGCACUGUCACCCAAACAGAAAGCCAUCUUCUCUCGCUGGGUCCGGCCGGACGAGAUCUGCAAUAACCCCACCAUGAUCAUGUCCGUGUCCAGCUUCAGCAUCAAACAGACGGUGGUGUCUGACUGUUCGUUUGUGGCGUCGCUAGCCAUCAGUGCAGCCUAUGAGAGGCGUUACAACAAGAAACUCAUUACCAGCGUCAUCUACCCUCAGAACAGACGAGGGGAACCGGAGUAUAACCCCUGUGGGAAGUACAUGGUCAAGCUUCACAUCAACGGAGUUCCCAGGAAGGUGAUUAUAGACGACUACCUGCCGGUGGAUCGUAACGGAGAGCUGCUGUGCUCCUACUCCAGCAACCGGAACGAGCUCUGGGUCUCCCUGAUAGAGAAGGCCUAUAUGAAGGUGAUGGGAGGCUACGACUUCCCUGGCUCCAACUCGAACAUCGACCUGCAUGCGCUCACUGGCUGGAUCCCCGAACGCAUCGCGAUGCACUCAGACAAUCAGUCAUUCAGCAAAGACGACACUUUCCGCAUGCUCUUCCAGAGGUUUCACAGGGGUGACGUCCUCAUCACCACAGCAACAGGCGUGAUGACAGAGGAAGAAGGGGAGAGAUGGGGUCUAGUUCCAACACACGCCUACGCUGUUCUUGACAUCCGGGAUUACAAGGGAAUGCGUUUCCUGCAGCUGAAGAAUCCGUGGAGUCACCUGCGGUGGAAGGGGCGCUACAGCGAGCGUGACGAGAAGAACUGGACACCCGAACUCCUCAAAUACCUCAACUUUGACCCCAAGACGGCACAGAAGUUUGACAACGGUGUUUUCUGGAUCGCAUGGGAGGACCUUUGUCAGUACUAUGAUGUCAUCUACCUGAGCUGGAACCCCGCCCUGUUCAGAGAGUCCUCCUGUAUUCACAGUAGCUGGGAUGGGAAGCAGGGCCCAGUGAAGGACGUCUACAGCCUGGCCAACAACCCCCAGUACAAGCUGGAGGUCCAGUGUCCAGCAGGGGGAGCUGCUGUGUGGGUGCUGCUCACCAGACACAUCACUGACAAGGAUGAUUUUGCACAAAACAGGGAGUUUAUCACCCUCGUUGUUUACAAGACGGACGGGAAGAAGGUGUACUACCCAGCGGACCCCCCUCCUUACAUCGACGGCAUCCGCAUCAACAGCCCGCAUUACCUGACCAAGAUGAGGCUGACCAGCGCAGGGACACACACCUUCACGCUGGUGGUCUCCCAGUACGAGAAACAGAACACCAUCAACUACACACUGCGGGUGUACUCCGGAUGCAAAUUCACCUUCUCCAAGAUCCUGAAUCCUUUCACUCAUACCAAACGGAUCAACGGUCAGUGGAAAGGGGUCAGCGCUGGAGGUUGUGGGAACUAUAAGGAUUCCUACAAACACAACCCGAUCUACCAGAUUAACCUGGAGCGGUCGGGCCCGCUGCUUGUCGAGCUCAGAGGAUCCAGGCAGUACAGCGUUGGUUUCGAGAUGGUGACGGUGUCGACGGUGGGGGAUCCGGGCGCGGCUGCCUUCCAGAAAAAGAGCAGCGGAGAUUACAGAUGUGGUUUCUGCUACAUGGAGGCGGAAUACGUCCCAGCAGGCAUCUACAACGUCAUCCCCACCACCUUCUUGCCCAAACAGGAAGGACCCUUCUUUUUGGACUUUGCCAGCACCGCGCCCCUCAAGGUCUCCCAGCUCCAAUGAAGAUGGAGCUGGAGAGAGAAUGGGGGGCAAGGGGUUGGGAGAGAGGUACUUAUAGAGAAACUGAAACUUUGGAUGUGAUGAGGCCUCAAUACAACACAAAGAGUCCGAAAUGUGACCUCGACAACCCUCGCUGCAACCUUCGCUGAGGUACUCUAAAUGGACAGAUUGUGGACUUCAACUUCAACGUUGACUCGACGGUAUCAGUCAGAUAUCAGACAGUCAUGGUGAAGGAAUAAAUUAUUACUAAAGAAUCAUCAAAAGGAACUUCAAUACGGAAUGAAACCCAUCAACAGUCAAUAAAAUGCACUUUCACCAAAAUAUAAACAAAGAAAUAGUGACGAGAGCAGCUGUACCUCCUUUUGCCAUAACACCAUAGAUACAGUAUCUGUAGAGCUGAGCUCACGGCUGCAGCUGCAACGUGAAUAAUAAUUAGCAUCGAUAUCGUUGGAUCUUGUGAGAGUGAAGAAGUUAACAGGGUUGAAAUGAACAUCAGCCAUGAGCUGCAGCAAAUUCUUUUCAGGUUCUGUUUUGCUGCAAUGAGUCCAAAAGUGGAAAUGUUUUAGCAGUUUGAGAGCGAGCUUAAGUCUUUCGUGGUUUGACGUCUUGGAGAAUAGCGAGCUUCCAUCCAAACCAACCCUGAGAAUGAACAGACCUGAUCACCACCCAGCAUCAGUGAAACUGGACAAUGUUUCUGGAACAACCACCUUGUUCUUCUGUUAGAAAAUCAGGCCAAGUGAGGCAGCUGUAGGAAAGGUUCACGUUGAUGUCUCAAUAAAAUAGAGAUAUGAAAGGACAGCUGAGUCCACUAAAUUCAUACAUGACCGUGCCAGGGUUAUGUCUAUACGUCAUAUUAUGUCUCCACGCAAAGCAAAAAACAACAACACAAUAAAAUAAGAUAAUAAACUAGUCAGCAGAAAGAAAUAAAAUGUCAAGUUCAGGCUCAACAGGAUAAGAGAAGAAGAAACCAGCUCAGGCUUGAGAUGCUCUCUACUGCAAAACAGCUGGAAUUCGAAGUUGUUUCAUGCAAUGAGUUAUUGGUUUUCCCCAUCAGACUUGGUGACUUCUUGUCAUCCAGUUUGUCUCCCAGGUGGAAAGGACAGUCGGUUUCCUCAUUUUAUUCUCAGGAGCAGUGCAGCAGAGCAGCACCACAGGGAAUCCAGUCACGUCAGCAUUUGAAUGAUGUCUCUUCAUGUUGUCUGCGUUAGCCCGAGUUCACUGACAGGUAUCACACACUGUAUGUGUGUGUCAAUGUUUGAUUGUCACUGUCGACCUUCUACAGGUUGAAAUGUAAAUGUUUUGCCAAGUACACAUCCUCAGUUUACCUUUUUGUUGACGUACAGCACUUUUUUUCCCCCUCAUUUUAUUUGAAUAUGUCGCUUUGUUUCUUCAUCGCAGUUUUCAGAAGGCCGAUCAUCGCCCUUGUUUUCAGUGCCGAAAGUCUCUUGGGCGAUGCGCUGCUGUGUUCUGUGUUGCUCAUCUCUGCAACAUUCGCAAAGCUUUGGCAACAGCAUCUGUUGCAGUCACGGUGGAUUUCCUGAAUGAUGUGUCUGGAUGUUGCGGGGUGAGAACAUCCAGGAAGUUCAUCGUGUGGAAGCAGUCAGCCAAUCUCACACUUGAACAUGCAGACAAGCACCGAAAGACUUUCCGACACUUAAAAACGAGAAACAAUGAUGGCGUUGCCUUUGAAUUGACUUGCAACUUGCUGCUAGUAAAGGUUGCUUUUCUUUUCAGUUGCAGAAAAUUAGACUGACUCUAAAAAAAUCUUAGUUUUGAGGGAACAAAGUUUGAUAAAUAGUAUUAACUCAAAGUCCACUUCCACCUUUUUAAACCACAUCAGUGAACAGAGGUUGCUCUGCAAAGGCCCUGGAAAAGGCUUGUAAGUGGACUUGAGUUCAGAUUUUGUGUUUUUGUCAAACUUUUGAAACCUUUGCGAUGCCCUUUAGUUGCAGAUGUUUGCGUGCUGAGUUAAUGGUGAAUCUGACUGCAGUGAACUACAGAGGGUUGUGUUGCUGUUGAGGCUGCUGUGCAUGUUGUCACACACAAGUCUCUGAGCACGACGCACAGCUUUAAGCUGCUGUAGUAAAUGUUAAGCAUGCCUAAUGCACAAACAGUCUGCAACCAGUGAUUAUUUUAGUCUCAUUAUUUCCUCGUUUAGUUUAUGAAGUGUCUCCACGUUGCUUGUUUUUGUCCGACCGACAAUGCAAAACCAAAAAAAUAUUCAAGUUUACUGUACAGCGAUAUAAAACACAGAAAAGCAGCAAAUCAUCACGUCUGAAGCUGGAUGUUUUAAAAUUCAUUUUUCCUGUCGUUUGAUUGUUCGAUUUAAUCGACUAAUUUCUUUUUCGCUCCGCUGCGACCCCUGUAAUUCAUUUAUUUUCACAUUAUUCCAUCUGUAACUUCUUUAGUCCAGCUGGAGCUGUGAUAAACUGGUUCAUAGUAACGCUUCUGGGGAGCAUGGUUUUAAUUUUCACCCAUAAUAACUGUUAACAAUAAUUCAUAGUAAAACCAGUGUUGAUUGGUUGUUGACUGUGGAUGAAGUAAUAAUGCUGGUGUGCUAAAAGGUUUUCAGAGUUGAAUAUAGCUUUAAAUAUCCAUCGCCAAGCACUUCUGUCAAAUAUUUGUUGAUAAUGAUAAUUCAUUGUUAUGAAUGCCAUGUCUUUCUGUUGCCAUAUUCAUGUCUUUUCAAUUGCCAAGAAGCAGAGUCAUUUAAAUAUGCAGCAGGACAAUCUUGCAGCAACCUGUUGUAUGAAUGUUGAUGUAAUGUUUGCAGAACUUGCACUAAAUGUUGGGGUAGACUGAUGUGUUCAGACUUUGAAUACAAAAAAAAUGAUAUCUGCUUCUGUCUGCGCUCUUUGAUUUAUUUAUUUGGGAGUGGAGGGGCUUUUAUUUUGAUAGAGCAACAUACAUCCUGUCUCUGGCUGACAAAAGCUAAUAUUAAUUUCAGCUGUAGUUGGAAUCUUGUGAUGUUUAAUCAGAAAAGUGUAAUCUGGAAACAUGUUGUAUGCAGACGAUACACUAUUGUACAUUAAAACAUAAAAAGGUUUGUGCUAAAACACAAACAUUUGAAGACAUUAUGGAAAGGUUAAACUUAUUCAAGGUAACUAAAGGGUCUUUGAGGGAUCGAAAGGAAACAGGUAAACCUUGAUUUCUCCUACAGAACUGUCUUUGUUAAGCUGCGAUGGCCUGUAACUGACGUUUAAACUCAAUAUUUUGCACUUACGCAAGCGGAAAUGGGAAAUGAAGAGGUAAAACAGCCACGAUUAUGAUCUAUAAUAUGUUUGAAUAAAUGCACAAAGCAGAAG